GACAAGGUGUAUACAGUACGCACUGCGCUUGCUCUGAACAGAGAAGCUCCCGACAGUAACCGUGACCUUGACAUGCAUGCAUAACAAGAAAAGUCUGUUGGUUCAAAGUGACAGGUGCCAGUCAAGGAAAUCAAGGCAGUCAAGCAGGUUGAGAAUAACGAAGGAGUGGGGGAAAAGCGAGAAGUCACGAUGACGUCCUUCUCCUAUCAACGUCACCGCCCUGGAAUCUGCCGCGACCGUCGCUCCCAGCCAGAUCUAUAAACCUUUCCAAGGUCAUGGACUCUCUUCUUCUGUACCUGUACUCUCCAAUUCAGCAUCGAUAUUCUCUACGCACGCAUUCAAGAUGACAGGCCACACCAGAAAGCACAAGGUCGCCGUGGUCGGCUCAGGAAACUGGGGCUCGACUAUCGCCAAGAUCAUCGCUGAAAACACCAACGAACACCCCGACCUCUUCGACAAGGAGGUGCGCAUGUGGGUCUUUGACGAAGACAUCGAAAUCCCAGAGUCCUCCAAGCACCACAGCAAGCUCGGCGGCCAGAAGCGCAAACUCACCGAGGUGAUCAACCAAGUCCACGAGAACGUGAAAUACUUGCCGGACAUCGCCCUGCCAGACAAUGUGAUGGCGGAUCCCGACCUCAAGUCCACCGUCAAGGAUGCCACACUGCUCGUCUUCAACCUGCCGCACCAGUUCAUCGGCAAGACGCUGGACGGGAUCGCGGGCCACAUCCUGCCGUACGCGCGCGCCAUCUCCUGCAUCAAGGGGGUGGACGUCUCCGACGGGACGGUGACGCUGCACUCGGAGCUGAUCAUGGAGCGGCUGGGGAUCUACUGCGGGGCGCUGUCGGGGGCCAACAUCGCCCCCGAGGUCGCGGCGGAGAAGUUCUGCGAGACGACGAUCGGCUACGACGUGCCGCCGAUGGACCUGAAGCAGCAGGAUGACUCGGCGGAGGCCAACCUGAUCAAGAUCGACGAGCAGCGGCAGUGCAAGGCGAAGCCGACGCACGUCCGGCUCACCCCCGUGCCGCCGGAGCUACCGCACGUCGGCGCCGAGCUGCUCGAGACGCUGUUCGCGCGGCCCUACUUCCACGUGCACCACGUGCGCGACGUCGCCGGCGUGGCGCUCGGCGGCGCGCUGAAGAACAUCAUCGCCCUCGCGUCGGGCUUCGUCGCCGGCAAGGGCUGGGGCGAGAAUGCCAAGGCCGCCAUCAUGCGCGUCGGCGUCCUCGAGAUGGUCAAGUUCGGCCGCACCUGGUUCCCCAAGUCCGUCGAGGAGCGCACCUUCACCGAGGAGAGCGCCGGCAUGGCCGAUCUGGUCUCCUCCUGCAACGCCGGUCGGAACUACCGGUCGGCCUGCCACGCGGUGGAGCAGGGGGUCAGUGUCAAGGAGAUCGAGGAGAAGGAGCUCAAUGGACAGAAGCUGCAGGGCACGUCCACCGCGUACGAUAUCUAUGAGUUCCUCGAGAAGCAGGGCAAGCUCAAGGAAUUCCCCUUGUUUGUCGCAGUUCACGAUAUCCUUGAAGGCACUGCUAAAGUGGAAGAUCUUCCAGCAUUGAUUGGGGGAAGAAAGAAGAUCGAAGGCUAGAGUGGUUUGAAACUACUUGGUAAUGAUAGACGUAACUAUAACGAAUGCAUAAACUGAUGAACUGAG